AUGCCGCCACUACGCUCUCGCAUGCAACAGCGGUUUACUGCGGUAUAUAAGACCGCGCGGCAAAGCCCAAUCAUCGCACCCAGCUUUCUCGAGCCCCGAGAUGCUGGGCGUAGGAGAUCCGACGCUAGUACGGAACGCAAACCUACACGACCUAGACAGCCGAUAGUACAUCGCAGGCUAUCAUCCACGGCAGUAGAAGUUCCCACUCCUGACCGUUUUCCUGAAGCUCCGGCCAUCGCGGCCAUCUCAGUACCUGCGCAGCCAGCGACAUCGAAGGUACGACGAGCCUUGACACCAAGAGCACCACCAGCAACACCACGAGUGGCUCAGCUCAUUUCGCCAAGGGCACUCAAGAGAAGAAGAGCACCGGCCCGAGUGACAAUCCGAUCGUCGGCAGCAAGCCACCAGCCCGCUGCCGCUGUCAAACCGUCACCACCAUCAUCGCCGGUCCCCGGUUUACAGCCGGUCUUCACCGCUGUUUCCGCAGCCGCGCCACCGACGCCGACGUCGCCAGUUCCCGGCUCCCAGCCGGUCUUCUCUCUCUCGGACGAAGAGGAGCCACCUCCCAGGAGAGCGCCUGAUCCAGGACUAACAUUCUUCCCGGAUCAGGAACGUGGUAACACCACCGCGCCGCAAGGUGCCACUAAACUUCCACAAACACCAGCGCCGCCAUCGGCGCAGCCUCCUAUAAAGAGAGGCAGCACGACAGCGAGCGACGGCAGUCAGCAGCAGCCGUGCUCCUGA